GUUUGUGCCUAACAAGCUUCAUGGUCGGUCAUGGAACUGCUGCAGUUCACAUGUCUGCUUUUACUUAUCAGCUUGAAAUGUUUGACAGGUUUUGGCCAGCAGUGUGGGGGUAACCAGUGGCAGUGUGAUGGAGUUUGUCUGCCUCUUUCCUGGCACUGCGAUGGAAAUGGAGACUGUAUGGACGGCUCUGAUGAAAUAGCCUGCCCCUGUCCUAGGGGCCAGGUUGCCUGCAUGGCCGGGGCUCCUGGUUGUGUAAGUACCUCUGCAGUAUGUGAUGGGCAGCGCCAGUGUUCUGAUGGGUCUGAUGAGUUUAACUGCCCAGAGAACCAGGGCUGUCUGCAGGGGGACUGGAGGUGUAGGAAUAAGAUCUGCAUCCCCAAGGACCAAUACUGUAAUGGUGCUAACGACUGUGUGGACAACUCUGAUGAGGCCUGUGGCCGGUGUGGGCCAAUGGCUGUGCGUUGUCCUGGAGGGGCGUGUCUGACUGAAGAUGAGAGAUGUGAUGGAAAAUUGCAGUGCUCUGAUGGCAGUGAUGAACCCUCUACCUGUGGGAGGACCUGUUCAGAAGAGAACGGUGGCUGCAGUCACUCCUGUGUGGAUCAGCCCUGGGGAGCCCUCUGCUCCUGUCCUAAAGGCCAUAGGCUGUCUGCUAACGGAGCCUCCUGUCUGGAUGUGGAUGAAUGCGCUCUGCCUUACGGUCCAUGCAUGCACUUCUGUGUCAACACACCCGGGUCCUUCUACUGCCACUGCCGAGAUGGCUUCCAGCUUCAAGGAACCACCUACUGCUAUGCUAAAGGAAAUUAUACAAAGUUUCUGACUACAAAGAAGGGAACUAUCGGAUUUCUGAAUCUGAAGACUCUGAGAUUCGAGUCCAUUCAGAGUAUUGGCUAUGAUCCUCUGGCCCUGGCCUUUGACCUCUCCAGGAGCUCAUUCUACUGGGCUGAUAACCAGGGGAACAUCUACAAGGCUAAGGAGCAGCAGCGCAGGAUCCUUUAUCAUGGACAAUAUGGGGUUAGAAGUCUAGUCUGUGAUUGGCUGACAGGCCAGCUGUACUGGACCAACCAGAAGACCCGGUCUAUUCAUGUUGGGGCAGCUGAUGGGAGUGGAUUUGCAACGGUCUUGGCCAAGAACAUAGACCCUUCGGAGCUGGUCCUUCUUCCCAUUGAAAGCUUGUUGUUUUGGAUCAACAAAGGUCCAGGUGAUAAAAUUACUCUGGAGAGAUCUGGGAUGGAUGGGAUAAAGCAGGAAUCUCUGGUGGUCCUCACUGCACAGGCUCCACGGAGUCUGACCCUGGACGUUACAGCUAGGAGGCUGUACUGGAUGAGUGAUUUUAAAAAGUCCAUAGAGACUGUUCGAGUGGAUGGUAGUGGUCGCUACAGCUUUCUGGAGUUCUUCAAGAGGAGACCAGCUCAGAGCCUGGCGGUGUUUGAGAGGUGGUUCUACUGGACAGAUCAGAUGGGUCUGUGGCGCUCCCCUCAGGACCGACCUAAUCAGAAGACCUUUAUUCAGAGGACAACACUCCCUGUCCUAGAGGCAUACCAUGAACAACAGCAGCCAAAAGCUCCAUCAGCCUGUGUAAAGUCUGGCUGCCAGCUCUGCAUGCUGACUCUGGACCUGCCUGCUGGGUUCACCUGUACCUGUCCUGAUGACAAACUGCUCAUGGCAGAUGGCUCAUGUGAAUAUCCCAGGUUUGCUUAUGCAACAUCCACAACACUGAACCUGUUUGAGUUGAAAGGGAAGGAGCUGAUCAAGACAAAACUGCUGACUACGGAUGACGUCAUGGAGUCUUUUGACAUCGACUGGAGGGGGGACUGGGUCUACUGGGCGAACAGCACUGGUCAUGUGAUGCGCUGGAGCCUCAAUACCGGCCAAACAGAGACUGUCCCUACGCUGAGACCAGCCUGCGUGGUGUCAGUAGACCAGAAGAUGAGAAAUCUGUACUGGCUGUCAUGUGAUGAAGCCUGUGUUGGCGUCACUAACAUGGAUCAGGGUUACCCACGGAGACUAUACCAGUCAGGCAGUGAGGUAAGAGAUGUUUAUCUGGACUGGCAGCGGGGGAGGCUGUACUUGCUGGAGGCUGGCUGGAUCCUAUCCAUGAGACUGCCAGGAGGAAACCCUAGGAAAGUCCUGAGAGUGGAGGGACACGUCGCUGGGCGCAUUGUUUUGGACCUACAAUCUAACACACUGCUCUGGAACACAGAGGGGGAUGAUCUGAAGAUCAUGAGUCUGUUGAAGUCGCAGACUCACCUGGUAGGCAGAGAGUGGAUUGUCCCUGGUUCCAUCGUGGCCGCUCAUUCUCCGCUCCUGGUGUCGCUGUUUAAUGAUGUCAUCACUGUGUGGGACCGGCGGGACAAGAGGCGUCUCCACGAUGUCCCUGUCGGACCAGGCGUUGUCAGGGUGAUCGUGGCUCUGGAUGUAAAGGAAGUGCCUCCUGCUCAGCCAGUCUGUACCAGUCCAUCAGUGAUGUGUCGGGGCUCUACUUUGUGCAUCUCCCAAACUCAGCUGUGUGACACAUUGAGAGACUGCCCUGAUGGUUUUGAUGAGGAGUCCUGCAUUACUAAAUGUCCAAACCGAGGUGAGUUCCGGUGUAAGGACAGGAGGAAAUGUAUUAAGAGGAGUCUGGUUUGUGAUGGACGCGCUCAUUGCCAUGAUGGCUCAGAUGAGAUUGGCUGUCCAACGAUCGCUGCUCCAACGUCCCAAACUGCGUCCCUGAAGUGCCGUAUGGGUUCUAGACUGUGCAAGGAUGGGAGAGAGUGUGUCCUGCACAGCCAUGUUUGUGAUGGAGAGGUGGACUGUAAGGAUGGAUCAGAUGAACAGGACUGUGGAGAAUCUCCAGUUCCACUUACUACAGCUUAUUUGGCUCCAACUACAACCGUUCCAGAUAUUCUUCCUGCUCAGCCAGUCUGUACCAGUCCAUCAGUGAGGUGUCGGGGCUCUACUUUGUGCAUCUCCCAAACUCAGCUGUGUGACACAUUGAGAGACUGCCCUGAUGGUUUUGAUGAGGAGUCCUGCAUUACUAAAUGUCCAAACCGAGGUGAGUUCCGGUGUAAGGACAGGAGGAAAUGUAUUAAGAGGAGUCUGGUUUGUGAUGGACGCGCUCAUUGCCAUGAUGGCUCAGAUGAGAUUGGCUGUCCAACGAUCGCUGCUCCAACGUCCCAAACUGUGGCCCUGAAGUGCCGUAUGGGUUCUAGACUGUGCAAGGAUGGGAGAGAGUGUGUCCUGCACAGCCAUGUUUGUGAUGGAGAGGUGGACUGUAAGGAUGGAUCAGAUGAACAGGACUGUGGAGAAUCUCCAGUUCCACUUACUACAGCUUAUUUGGCUCCAACUACAACCGUUCCAGAUAUUCUUCCUGCUCAGCCAGUCUGUACCAGUCCAUCAGUGAGGUGUCGGGGCUCUACUUUGUGCAUCUCCCAAACUCAGCUGUGUGACACAUUGAGAGACUGCCCUGAUGGUUUUGAUGAGGAGUCCUGCAUUACUAAAUGUCCAAACCGAGGUGAGUUCCGGUGUAAGGACAGGAGGAAAUGUAUUAAGAGGAGUCUGGUUUGUGAUGGACGCGCUCAUUGCCAUGAUGGCUCAGAUGAGAUUGGCUGUCCAACGAUCGCUGCUCCAACAUCCCAAAUUGCGGCCCUGAAGUGCCGUAUGGGUUCUAGACUGUGCAAGGAUGGGAGAGAGUGUGUCCUGCACAGCCAUGUUUGUGAUGGAGAGGUGGACUGUAAGGAUGGAUCAGAUGAACAGGACUGUGGAGAAUCUCCAGUUCCACUUACUACAGCUUAUUUGGCUCCAACUACAACCGUUCCAGAUAUUCUUCCUGCUCAGCCAGUCUGUACCAGUCCAUCAGUGAGGUGUCGGGGCUCUACUUUGUGCAUCUCCCAAACUCAGCUGUGUGACACAUUGAGAGACUGCCCUGAUGGUUUUGAUGAGGAGUCCUGCAUUACUAAAUGUCCAAACCGAGGUGAGUUCCGGUGUAAGGACAGGAGGAAAUGUAUUAAGAGGAGUCUGGUUUGUGAUGGACGCGCUCAUUGCCAUGAUGGCUCAGAUGAGAUUGGCUGUCCAACGAUCGCUGCUCCAACAUCCCAAACUGCAGCCCUGAAGUGCCGUAUGGGUUCUACACUGUGCAAGGAUGGGAGAGAGUGUGUCCUGCACAGCCAUGUUUGUGAUGGAGAGGUGGACUGUAAGGAUGGAUCAGAUGAACAGGACUGUGGAGAAUCUCCAGUUCCACUUACUACAGCUUAUUUGGCUCCAACUACAACCGUUCCAGAUAUUCUUCCUGCUCAGCCAGUCUGUACCAGUCCAUCAGUGAGGUGUCGGGGCUCUACUUUGUGCAUCUCCCAAACUCAGCUGUGUGACACAUUGAGAGACUGCCCUGAUGGUUUUGAUGAGGAGUCCUGCAUUACUAAAUGUCCAAACCGAGGUGAGUUCCGGUGUAAGGACAGGAGGAAAUGUAUUAAGAGGAGUCUGGUUUGUGAUGGACGCGCUCAUUGCCAUGAUGGCUCAGAUGAGAUUGGCUGUCCAACGAUCGCUGCUCCAACAUCCCAAACUGCAGCCCUGAAGUGCCGUAUGGGUUCUACACUGUGCAAGGAUGGGAGAGAGUGUGUCCUGCACAGCCAUGUUUGUGAUGGAGAGGUGGACUGUAAGGAUGGAUCAGAUGAACAGGACUGUGGAGAAUCUCCAGUUCCACUUACUACAGCUUAUUUGGCUCCAACUACAACCGUUCCAGAUAUUCUUCCUGCUCAGCCAGUCUGUACCAGUCCAUCAGUGAGGUGUCGGGGCUCUACUUUGUGCAUCUCCCAAACUCAGCUGUGUGACACAUUGAGAGACUGCCCUGAUGGUUUUGAUGAGGAGUCCUGCAUUACUAAAUGUCCAAACCGAGGUGAGUUCCGGUGUAAGGACAGGAGGAAAUGUAUUAAGAGGAGUCUGGUUUGUGAUGGACGCGCUCAUUGCCAUGAUGGCUCAGAUGAGAUUGGCUGUCCAACGAUCGCUGCUCCAACAUCCCAAACUGCAGCCCUGAAGUGCCGUAUGGGUUCUACACUGUGCAAGGAUGGGAGAGAGUGUGUCCUGCACAGCCAUGUUUGUGAUGGAGAGGUGGACUGUAAGGAUGGAUCAGAUGAACAGGACUGUGGAGAAUCUCCAGUUCCACUUACUACAGCUUAUUUGGCUCCAACUACAACCGUUCCAGAUAUUCUUCCUGCUCAGCCAGUCUGUACCAGUCCAUCAGUGAGGUGUCGGGGCUCUACUUUGUGCAUCUCCCAAACUCAGCUGUGUGACACAUUGAGAGACUGCCCUGAUGGUUUUGAUGAGGAGUCCUGCAUUACUAAAUGUCCAAACCGAGGUGAGUUCCGGUGUAAGGACAGGAGGAAAUGUAUUAAGAGGAGUCUGGUUUGUGAUGGACGCGCUCAUUGCCAUGAUGGCUCAGAUGAGAUUGGCUGUCCAACGAUCGCUGCUCCAACAUCCCAAACUGCAGCCCUGAAGUGCCGUAUGGGUUCUACACUGUGCAAGGAUGGGAGAGAGUGUGUCCUGCACAGCCAUGUUUGUGAUGGAGAGGUGGACUGUAAGGAUGGAUCAGAUGAACAGGACUGUGGAGAAUCUCCAGUUCCACUUACUACAGCUUAUUUGGCUCCAACUACAACCGUUCCAGAUAUUCUUCCUGCUCAGCCAGUCUGUACCAGUCCAUCAGUGAGGUGUCGGGGCUCUACUUUGUGCAUCUCCCAAACUCAGCUGUGUGACACAUUGAGAGACUGCCCUGAUGGUUUUGAUGAGGAGUCCUGCAUUACUAAAUGUCCAAACCGAGGUGAGUUCCGGUGUAAGGACAGGAGGAAAUGUAUUAAGAGGAGUCUGGUUUGUGAUGGACGCGCUCAUUGCCAUGAUGGCUCAGAUGAGAUUGGCUGUCCAACGAUCGCUGCUCCAACAUCCCAAACUGCAGCCCUGAAGUGCCGUAUGGGUUCUACACUGUGCAAGGAUGGGAGAGAGUGUGUCCUGCACAGCCAUGUUUGUGAUGGAGAGGUGGACUGUAAGGAUGGAUCAGAUGAACAGGACUGUGGAGAAUCUCCAGUUCCACUUACUACAGCUUAUUUGGCUCCAACUACAACCGUUCCAGAUAUUCUUCCUGCUCAGCCAGUCUGUACCAGUCCAUCAGUGAGGUGUCGGGGCUCUACUUUGUGCAUCUCCCAAACUCAGCUGUGUGACACAUUGAGAGACUGCCCUGAUGGUUUUGAUGAGGAGUCCUGCAUUACUAAAUGUCCAAACCGAGGUGAGUUCCGGUGUAAGGACAGGAGGAAAUGUAUUAAGAGGAGUCUGGUUUGUGAUGGACGCGCUCAUUGCCAUGAUGGCUCAGAUGAGAUUGGCUGUCCAACGAUCGCUGCUCCAACAUCCCAAACUGCAGCCCUGAAGUGCCGUAUGGGUUCUACACUGUGCAAGGAUGGGAGAGAGUGUGUCCUGCACAGCCAUGUUUGUGAUGGAGAGGUGGACUGUAAGGAUGGAUCAGAUGAACAGGACUGUGAGCUCCUCUGCAAAGCAGGUCAGUUCCAGUGUGCUCAUGGGAAGAAGUGUAUCGACCAGCAGCAGAUGUGUGAUGGAAAGGCACAGUGCCAGGACCGUUCUGAUGAAAUGGACUGCUUCAAGGCCACCAAGAGCUGCAGUCAUCGCUGUGACAACAAUAGCCGCUGUAUCCCAGAAACCUUCCUCUGUGAUGGAGAGAGAGACUGUGCGGACGGCUCUGAUGAGGAAGGCUGUGAUUUUGACAAGGUACUUCCUCCUGUCCUGCCAACUCUGGCUCAGACCUGUACCAGUCCAUCAGUGAUGUGUCGGGGCUCAACUUUGUGCAUCUCACAAACUCAGCUGUGUGACACAUUGAGAGACUGCCCUGAUGGUUUUGAUGAAGAGUCCUGCAUUACUAAAUGUCCAAACAGAGGUGAGUUCCGGUGUAAGGACAGGAGGAAAUGUAUUAAGAGGAGUCUGGUUUGUGAUGGACGCGCUCAUUGCCAUGAUGGCUCAGAUGAGAUUGGCUGUCCAACGAUCGCUGCUCCAACAUCCCAAACUGCGGCCCUGAAGUGCCGUAUGGGUUCUACACUGUGCAAGGAUGGGAGAGAGUGUGUCCUGCACAGCCAUGUUUGUGAUGGAGAGGUGGACUGUAAGGAUGGAUCAGAUGAACAGGACUGUGAGCUCCUCUGCAAAGCAGGUCAGUUCCAGUGUGCUCAUGGGAAGAAGUGUAUCGACCAGCAGCAGAUGUGUGAUGGAAAGGCACAGUGCCAGGACCGUUCUGAUGAAAUGGACUGCUUCAAGGCCACCAAGAGCUGCAGUCAUCGCUGUGACAACAAUAGCCGCUGUAUCCCAGAAACCUUCCUCUGUGAUGGAGAGAGAGACUGUUCGGACGGCUCUGAUGAGGAAGACUGUGUGGCAAAGCUUUGUGGCCAGCAGCAGUAUCAUUGCAGUAAUGGUCAGUGUGUGUCUGAGGCUCUCCGUUGUGACGGCCAUGCUGACUGCGGAGACCAUUCUGACGAGGUGGGCUGUGCCAAACCCCCCUGUCCCCCGGAGCGCCGCUGCCCAAACAGCCAUGAAUGUCUUGUGGAGGAAUGGCUGUGUGAUGGGGAACAGGACUGCCAGGACGGUUCAGACGAGAUGAACUGUAAGGUGUCUCCAGUGACGUGUGGGGAGUUCCAGUGGAGCUGUGUCUCUAAGACCCAGUGUAUCCCUGCAACCUGGAGGUGUGAUGGACAGAAGGACUGUGAGGACUACAGUGACGAGGCCGGAUGUGACCAGUUGAAGUGCUCCAACCAGCUUUACCAGUGUGGUAGUGGAGAGUGUGUGGACCAUUCCCUGCUGUGUGACCACAUCAUCAACUGUCCUGAUGGAUCUGAUGAGGGGCACGGUUGUUCCACCAAUAACUGCUCCAGCCCUGGGACCCCCCAAUGUGACCAGCACUGUGUCAGCACCCCUUAUGGACCGAGGUGCAUCUGUGCUGCAGGCUUCCGGCUCCAGGCUAACGGUUUGUCCUGUGUGGAUGUUGACGAGUGUAAUGAGGUCCUACUACCUGUCUGCAGCCACACCUGCCUUAACACCCGCGGCUCCUUCCUGUGUCGCUGUCACCAUGGAUAUCUGCUGGAACCAAAUGGUCACAGCUGCAAGACCCAAGAUGAGGCUCACCUGCUGGCGUCUGUUCAGAAUGAGCUGCUGGUGUUGGGGUUGCAUAGCUCCAGCCUUUCAUUGCUCUCCACUAGUCAGACACCUGUUUUCUGUGUGGAUUAUGACUGGAGAGACCAGAGGGUAUACUGGGUCAGUCUGGAGGAGGAGAGCAUCAAGUGGACUUCCAUCAACACCAAGGAAACAGGCACUCUGGUCAAAGGUGUGAAGUCUAAUUCUAUAGCUGUGGACUGGGUUGGCAGGAACCUGUACUGGCUGGAUGGGCUGGCCAGUCAGAUUCUGGCUGUGAGGCUGGGCACAUCUACAGUAAAGUCUCAGAACUACAUAGUGGUUCUGGAUGAGGAUCUGGAACAGCCUCGCUCACUACUGCUGCUGCCACACAAAGGGUUGAUGUAUUGGUCAGAGGUUGGUAGCGAUCCCCAGAUUGAGCGGUCAGGGAUGGAUGGCUCUGAGAGGAAGGUGGUGUUGACUCGUGGUCUCAGCUGGCCAGUCAGUCUCUCUGUGGACACUCUCACUGACCGAAUCUACUGGGCAGAUGAAAAACUGCAGUGCAUCGGCUCUGUAUCCCUGGAAGGACACAAUGUCAGGCUUCUGCAGCUGACUGAAAUGCCCAGUCCAUUCUCUGUAAUGGUUUUCAAUGACAUGGUCUACUGGUCUGACACCAAGAGGAGAACUAUUCAAGUAUCCCACAAGAACACGGGCAAGAACCGCAAAGUUUUACUCAAAAGACCUGGACAGCCUUUUGGCAUCAGGAUUAUGCACCCCAUCCGGCAGACCAACGUGUCCAGCCCCUGUGAGAAGCUCCAGUGUUCCCACAUCUGUCUCUUGGCUCCAGGACUGUCGACAGGCCCCAGAGCUGGGUCUACGGGACCCAAAGCUGUGUGUAGAUGUGCAGCAGGGCUUCUCCUGGCUGGGGACGGCCUCACCUGCUCCACCCUUGUAGACACCACCUUCCUCUUGCUCCUCUCUCCUACUGCAGUUACACAGAUAUACCUUAGCACCAUCCAUAAUGGUGUGGGGUUGAAGCGGUUGCCUGAGCACCAUAUAUGGUCUCUGCCGUGGGUGCACCAGGCCUCGUGGAUGGAUUUGGCUGUACAGGAGAGGAAUUUAUACCUGGCUGAUGCUGCCCAGGGCUCAGUCGAUCUCCUGAAACUGAGUAGCUCAGGCCUGACACCAGACAGCAGAGUCCUGAAUCUCCAGGAUGAUACAGUGAUGGCUCUGGCUGUGGACUGGGUCACACUUAACUUGUACUGGAGCAGCAGGAAGCAGCCUGACCUACAUGUCACCAACCAGGGGCAGCACACUGCACCUCUACUCCAACUAGGUCUUCAGGGAACCACCUCCAUCGCCCUGCACCCCCCCUCAGGACGCCUGUGCUUCACGGCCUUGGGCCAGGUGAAUGUGAGGAGCCUGCCGCAGGUGGCCUGUGCCUUCAUGGAUGGACGUAGUCAGAAGCUGCUCUGGAGGAAGGCUGUUAUGCCAACCUCCCUUCUGUUCUCCAACAAGGGCACUCUGCUGUAUUGGGCUGACAUAGGUGCUGGAGUAAUCGACUCCAUUCUUCUGGAUGGUUCUGGAUAUAAACAGUUUAAAGCAGAUCCCGGCCUCAUGUCCUUCACACUGGCUGAGAACGUCCUCCUGUGGAGCAGCCUGGGUAAAGAUGUGACUAGAAUCUGGUUCAGUGAUGGAUUUCAGCCCAAGCAGCUGUGGUUUGAGGUCAAUACCAAUGUAGUGGCACUGAGGGUUUACAGCAAAACCAGUCAGAAAGGAACGAACAGCUGCUCAGAGCGGAACGGAGGCUGCAGUCAGCUGUGCCUGGCCUACCCAGGGGGGCGUAGCUGCCGAUGUGGACGUGGUUACCAACCUGUUGACACCAACACGUGUAGCCCCGUCCCCCCCCUCCAGUGUCCAGAGGGCAGCAGGGCCUGUAGCGACGGCAGCAGGUGCCUCCCCCUCACAAAGUUCUGUAACCACCAAACCGACUGCCUCGACCAUUCAGACGAGAUCAAAUGCUGGUCUGGAGUGAAGCCCCAAGAUGUCAGCCAUAGUAAACCUUCCCCGGGGCAUGCUGGGAACACCGUCCCCCCUAGCCAGGACUGGUCUGGGAGGACCACCCCCGGGGGGGUAGAGGUGCAGAAGCUGGACUCUGAGUCAUGUGAUGCCCAGCAGUGUAAUGGACAUGGGAAAUGUGUGGCAAGGGGUGGAGAAACCACCUGCCAGUGUGUUCUGGGAUACCAUGGUGUGUUCUGUGAGGAGGGUGAGGGUCCAGGGGUCAGUAAUGCCCCCCUCACUUUAGGCAUCCUCAGCCUCAUUGGUGGAGUCCUCAUCGCUGCUGUCAUCAUCAGGAAGAGGGCAAGAGCUGCAGCUCGGGGCCAGUCCACAGACAAGGAGACUCUGUUGACCAAUAUGGAUGAACAGACAGUCUACGCUGUGUCUUUCAACAACGAUCUGUAUGAUCCUGACCAGGAAUUGAUCUCGUCUGCUGAUGGGACAUCUCAACAUCUGUAAAUGUUGCCUUUUCUCUUCUGCUCUGAAAUAAAGUCUAGGAUGUUAAACCUCA